AUUAUGUAAAGGUUUACAAGCGCAUAAAGUGAAAGGUGCAUGGAAAUCAACACAAGAAAAUUGUUUUGUAUUAAUUGCAUUAGAUAAAUAUUUUCACAUGAAAGAAAAGGAUACACCAGAAUUUGUUACAAAUAUUUGGCUUGAUAAUGAUUAUUGUGGUCAAUAUCAAUAUAAAGGUCGAACGGUGAAUACAUACACAGUCAAUAUUUCAAUGAAAGCACUGUUGCCAUUAACAUCAUUAUUCAACACAACUAAUGAUGAUAAAAGUCUAAUUAUGCAAAAAGUUGGGAAUGGUCGAUUAUAUUAUUGUAUUGCAUUGAAUUAUGCUUCAUCAAGUUUGCAGUUAAAUGCAGUUAAUUAUGGUUUUAAAAUCGAACGAACAUACACAGCUGUGAAUGAUUCAUCACAUGUUCAAAAACAAUCAGAUGGCACAUGGAAAUUGAAGCUAGGUGAAAACGUCAAAGUCAUAAUAACAAUGACAACAGCACAACGACGAUAUCAUAUAGCAUUAGUUGAUUAUUUACCCGCUGGUUGUGAACCAUUAAAUACACAAUUAAAAGGUAUAGUGACCGAUGAUACACAGUCAUCGGUAACAAGUUCAAAAGGAGCUAAUUAUUAUUACGGAUGCCAACGAUAUCCCACCAUUGGUUGA